AGACGGUGUCAGGUAAACCUGGUGACGUAGUAGAAUCUGCUACCCCCGGGAGUAAGCAUGAACCGGAGGAAAACCUUGAAUCACCAGUCAAUUCAGUUAAGGUAUUGGGAGUGAGCUGGAACGUUAAAACAGAUACAUCAAGAGCAUUCAGAUCUGGUGAAGUAUGCCGAAACGUUGCCCCCUACGAAAGAUCAGUUCUUAAGUUGUCUGCGAAGAUUUUCGACCCUAUCG